AUGAUUUUGAUUUCUGAAAAUCCUCUGUCGCCUAUUUCAUCCAUUCUAAGGAAUAGUGAAAAAAUUGUUCUAGAGGAUAUCGGAGCUGGAAAGGGAAAUUUAUCGACAGUUAAUUUGGUUCGCUUCAAUUCGAUUGAAAGGGAUCUCGUCGUCAAGAUGUCAUUAAAAGAGCAGUCAAAAAUUCUAGCAUCGCCAAUCACUCUGGAACGAUUCAAAAUUAUGCAUAACACCGAGGUUUCCGUCUAUAAGAUCCUUGAAAACUAUCCAGAAUCUAACAUUCUUCGGCCAAAAGUCUAUGAUAUGAAGGAAAUGACAUAUUUGAAUGGAAAAGUUGAUGCAGGACAUAUUACGAUGGAAAUGAUUGAAUGCUGCCAGCCGAUUUCGGUAAUGGAGAAUUUGACAGUAAAUCAAGUGACUGAGGUUGUAAUCCAAGUUGCUCGAUUUCACGCUUUAGGAUAUAAUCUUUCGAAAGAAGAAAAAUCGACCAUUCCAAUUCAUCUCAUAGACACCUGGUUUGUCGAGUUGUUCUGUGAAAAGAAUAUGUCUCUAUUCAUCAAGCUCCUUAGCAAUGGUUUCGCCGAGUUGGUUGGAGAGAAUCUCAUGAAAAAAUCAAUUGCGGCUUUCGUUCAAAUUUUCGAGUCGGAAAAUCUUGAAAAGCUGAAUAACGACUGCGAAUUUGAGAGAGUACUCUGCCAUGGCGACGUCUGGCCACCAAAUCUAUUAUUCGCGAAAGAGCAAGAAUCAUCAUGCUUAAAGUUCAAAGCGCUUUGUGAUUUUCAGACUUCUAAUUUUGGUAACCCUGCUCAGGAUCUAACCCGCUUGUUCUGUAGCACCCUGAGUGGUUCGGAUCGUCGAACGAAUACAAGAAAACUGCUAGAAUUAUACUAUCAAGAGCUUUCAAAUCAUUGUAGUCCUUCGUUUAGUGUGGAAAUGCUCGAAAAAGAAUACGCCAAAUUCCUUCCGUUUGCUGCCGCUGUCAUCUGUGUACCAACUCCAAUUCGUGCGAUUAUGCAAAUCAGAGAAACUGUUGAUGAAAAUGAAAAAUCUACGGUAUAUUAA